UUUCCCUCGAACGAGUCAUGUUUCAUCUUUCUUUGUUUUCCAGCCAUCCUGCAACCAUCCUCUUCAUGUCACGUUGAUUAGAAGAAACAGAGCUCUGCACAAUGGCUUCUCUUUCUUCCCAACCUUCCAAGAAGGUCCGCAACAACUCUGGGAGCGGCCAAACCGUGAAAUUCGCGAGACGAACAUCUAGUGGACGCUACGUGAGUUUAUCGCGGGAUGAUAUUGAAUUAUCAGGCGAAUUCUCAGGAGACUAUUCCAACUACACGGUGCACAUACCUUCCACACCAGACAAUCAACCCAUGGCCACCAAAGCCGAAGAACAAUACGUCUCCAAUUCUCUUUUCACUGGGGGCUUCAACAGCAUCACACGUGCCCAUCUCAUGGAUAAGGUCAUUGAUUCUGAUGUCACUCAUCCUCAGAUGGCCGGUGCUAAAGGCUCUUCCUGCGCCAUGCCUGCCUGUGACGGCAAAGUUAUGAAAGACGAGAGGGGCAAGGACAUCAUGCCUUGUGAAUGCAGGUUCAAGAUCUGUAGGGACUGCUUUUUGGAUGCCCAGAAAGAGACAGGUCUAUGCCCCGGGUGCAAGGAACCUUACAAAGUCGGGGACUAUGACGACGAUGUGCCGGAUUUCUCCAAUGGGGCUCUGCCCUUGCCUGCUCCGGGGAAAGGUCACAACAACAACAUGUCCAUGAUGAAGAGGAACCAAAACGGAGAAUUCGAUCACAACCGAUGGCUGUUUGAGACGCAAGGUACAUAUGGGUACGGCAAUGCGUACUGGCCACAAGAUGAUAUGUACGGGGAUGACAUGGAUGAUGGGUUGAGAGGCGGCAUGGUAGACUCGGCGGACAAGCCCUGGAGGCCCCUCAGUCGGCGGAUCCCGAUUCCCGCAGCUAUCAUAAGUCCUUACAGACUGCUCAUAGCCGUGCGUCUCGUCGUCUUAUGUUUUUUUCUGGCUUGGAGGAUUCGUAACCCUAACGAGGAAGCCAUCUGGUUGUGGCUUAUGUCUGUCAUCUGUGAGGUGUGGUUCGGGUUCUCAUGGAUUCUCGAUCAGAUCCCUAAGCUCUGUCCCAUUAACCGUUCCACUGACCUCGAACUUCUCCAUGACAAAUUCGAGUUGCCCUCGCCGUCGAAUCCUACCGGUCGUUCUGAUCUCCCUGGCGUCGACCUCUUCGUGUCGACAGCGGAUCCUGAGAAAGAGCCGCCCCUCGUCACAGCCAACACCAUUCUAUCCAUACUAGCCGUUGAUUAUCCAGUGGAGAAGGUUGCUUGUUACGUCUCGGAUGACGGUGGGGCGCUUCUCACCUUCGAAGCCAUGGCAGAAGCUGCUAGCUUCGCGGAUCUCUGGGUACCUUUCUGUCGGAAACACAACAUCGAACCGCGAAACCCAGAAUCCUACUUCAGCCUGAAGAUAGACCCGACCAAGAACAAGUGCAGGUCGGAUUUCGUCAAGGAUAGGAGGAAGAUGAAGAGAGAGUACGAUGAGUUCAAGGUGCGCAUCAAUGGCUUACCGGAUUCCAUACGAAGACGAUCGGAUGCGUUCAACGCGAGGGAAGAGAUGAAGGCACUGAAACACAUGAGAGAGAGCGGAGCAGAUCCUACAGAGCCUGUUAAAGUCCCGAAAGCAACAUGGAUGGCCGACGGAACUCACUGGCCAGGCACUUGGGCCACGCCAAGUCGCGAGCAUUCGAAAAGCGAUCACGCGGGGAUUUUACAGGUGAUGUUAAAGCCACCGAGCAGCGAUCCCUUGAUGGGGACUGCCGAUGACAAGAUCAUUGAAUUCUCCGAUACAGACAUCAGACUCCCCAUGUUUGUAUAUAUGUCCCGUGAAAAACGCCCUGGCUAUGAACACAACAAGAAAGCUGGAGCUAUGAACGCUCUUGUCAGAGCUUCUGCUAUUCUCUCUAAUGGUCCCUUCAUUCUCAACCUCGACUGUGAUCAUUACAUUUUCAACUGCAAAGCCAUCAGGGAAGGCAUGUGUUUCAUGAUGGAUAGAGGCGGCGAAGACAUUUGCUACAUUCAAUUCCCUCAGAGAUUUGAAGGCAUCGAUCCUUCUGACAGAUAUGCUAACAACAACACUGUUUUCUUCGAUGGCAACAUGCGUGCCCUUGAUGGUGUCCAGGGGCCGGUGUACGUAGGAACAGGGUGUAUGUUCAGGCGGUUCGCUCUUUACGGAUUCGACCCUCCAAAUCCAGACAAACUACUAGAGAAGAAGGAAUCGGAAACAGAGGCAUUGACAACGAGCGACUUUGAUCCUGAUCUUGAUGUCACUCAACUGCCUAAGCGCUUUGGCAACUCCACACUGCUAGCAGAGUCCAUCCCUAUCGCAGAGUUCCAAGGCCGACCCUUGGCCGACCACCCGGCCGUCAAGUAUGGCCGCCCCCCAGGAGCCCUCAGGGUCCCGCGUGACCCUCUCGAUGCCACCACCGUUGCUGAAGCCGUCUCAGUCAUCUCUUGCUGGUACGAGGAUAAAACGGAGUGGGGAGAUAGAGUGGGGUGGAUUUACGGGUCUGUGACAGAGGACGUGGUGACCGGGUACCGCAUGCACAAUCGAGGCUGGCGUUCCAUCUACUGCAUCACAAAACGAGACUCAUUCCGUGGGUCGGCCCCUAUCAACCUCACGGACCGCCUUCACCAGGUGCUCAGGUGGGCCACGGGAUCUGUUGAAAUCUUCUUCUCCAGAAACAAUGCCCUUCUCGCUUCCAAACGCCUCAAAUUCCUUCAACGCCUCGCCUACCUCAACGUUGGCAUCUAUCCCUUCACCUCCAUGUUUCUUAUACUCUAUUGCUUCCUCCCGGCGCUCUCACUUCUCUCGGGACAAUUCAUAGUGAGGACGCUGAGUAUCUCAUUCUUGGUAUACCUUCUCAUCAUCACCAUAUGUCUCAUCGGGCUGGCCAUCCUAGAGGUGAAGUGGUCAGGCAUUGGCCUCGAAGAGUGGUGGAGAAACGAGCAAUGGUGGCUCAUCUCAGGGACAAGUUCUCACCUUUACGCCGUGGUCCAGGGAAUUCUCAAGGUGAUUGCGGGGAUCGAGAUCUCAUUCACAUUGACAUCAAAAUCUACGGGAGACGAGAACGAUGACAUCUACGCGGAUCUCUACAUCGUCAAGUGGACAUCGCUGAUGAUACCACCCAUCGUGAUAGCCAUGGUUAACAUAAUAGCGAUUGUGGUGGCAUUCAUCAGGACGAUAUACCAAACGAUCCCACAGUGGAGCAAGUUCAUUGGAGGAGCGUUUUUCAGCUUCUGGGUUUUGGCACAUUUGUAUCCCUUCGCUAAAGGGUUGAUGGGAAAGAGACGGAAGACUCCUACCAUAGUGUUUGUAUGGGCAGGCCUCAUCGCCAUCACCAUUUCUCUGCUUUGGACUGCUAUCAAUCCAGCCACGGCCCCUGCCGCUGCGGCCGACGGUGUUGGUGGUGGCGGCGGCGGCGGCUUUCAGUUCCCUUAAGGUCUACGGUGGCUCUUUUUGCUUUCUUGGAUGAUUUUUUCUUUCUUUUGAGUGUGUUUUGUGCGUGUGUAAACUUUAAUAGCAACAAUAUACCUCUUUUUAGCAUUCUU